AUAGCUCAGGUCAAUUCUUAGUAGUGCAUGGCAUUAAGCUCCUAAAGAAGUUCUAACAUUCACAAUAUUCUGUAGCUGUGUAUUCUUGUUAUUUUUGUUCAUCUUGUUCAUUUUCUCUGCUAUGUUACAUUAACAUGAAUGCUAUUAGUACUGCUGCUGGUGCAACAGAGUGGAGAAUUAGAAUGUCUGAUGGCUCGUCCGCGAUUUUGGUACCAGAAUCAAGCGUUAUAACUAGAAUAUAUAUUUCAGUUAAAAGCUUCUUUAAAACCAUUAUCUUGGUAUUCUGGAGAUUUUUGGAGAAAGCAUGGAACAUAGGAAUGAAUGAACCUAGAAAAGUGAUCCACUGUAUCAAGGUUGGAAUUGCUCUAAGUUUCGUCUCGCUAUUUUAUUAUAUGAAACCUUUAUAUGAAGGUGUUGGAGGAACUGCAAUGUGGGCAGUUCUAACUGUUGUGGUGGUUUUUGAGUACACUGUAGGUGCAACACUUUACAAAUGCUUAAACAGAGCUACUGGAACUUUUCUUGCUGGAUUUCUUGCUAUAGGAAUCCACUGGAUUGCCAAUCAAUCAGGCAAAAGAUUUGAGCCUAUAAUUAUGGGAGCUUCCAUUUUCAUAUUAGCCUCAGCGGCAACCUUUUCAAGAUUCAUUCCUGCAGUGAAAGCGCGGUUUGAUUAUGGCGCUAUGAUCUUCAUCUUGACUUUCACUUUGGUUUCAAUAUCUGGAUAUCGCGUUGAGAACUUAUUGAACAUGGCUCACGAGAGAGCAUCAACGAUCAUUAUCGGAGCUUCUUUGUGUGUUAUUACAAGCAUUCUCAUAUUUCCAAUUUGGGCUGGUGAAGAGCUCCAUAAACUUGUCAUUAGUAAUUUGGAAAAGCAAGCAGAGUCCUUAGAUUGCUGUGUAGCUGAGUAUUUUAGUGUCACUGAAGACACAAAAACCAAUACUAAGAAAAUGUUAGCUUUCAAGUGUGUGCUGAAUUCUAAGGCCUCAGAAGAAACAAUGGCCAACUUUGCAAGAUGGGAACCAGCUCAUGGCAAUUUUAACUUUCAACAUCCAUGGAAAUAUUAUCUUAAGAUCAGUGCAUCGAUGCGAAGUUGUGCCUGUUGCAUUGAAUCUCUAACUAGCUGUAUCAAUCAAAAAGAUCAGGCAUCUGAGUUCUUAAGAAAGCAGCUUAGUAACACUUGCCAACAAGUAAGUUCAAGUACAGCUGAGAUAUUGAAAGAGUUAGCACUGAACAUGAAAACUAUGAGAAAAUCCUCCAGGAUUGAUAUCUUAAUACAAGAAAAGAAUAGCGCGAUUCAAGAGUUGGAAACUCAGCUGAAAGAAGUCUCAGGAUUGCUCAUUGUGCCAAAGGGGGCCAAGAAUGACAAGGAAGAAGAGAAGCCAGUUGUGAGAACAGGCAAUGUUAUACCAAUGGUGGAAAUUAUACCAGCUGCAACAUUUGCUUCGUUAGUUAUUGAAAUCGCUACGAGGAUUGAAGGAGUUGUUGAUGCAGUUGAAGAAUUAUUCAAAAUGGCCAAAUUCAAAAUUGAAGAUGCUGAGAUGAUCAAACCAAACCAACCAGUCAUCAAGAUCAUAAACUAGUAGGAGUAUUACUGAUAGAUAAACUUUAAUCAAUACUUCAUGUCUUAGUAUGUUCACGUGACCAAAUGCUCAUGUUGUACUACUCAUCCCACUCCUAACACUUCACUGUGUAUGAAUAAUACUAGUUUCUGA